AUGAAGCAUUCCAAUGAAAACGUUUUCUUGGUGUAUGCGUACUGGGAAGAUAUGAAGAAUAGGUUCAUCUCGAUAAUAUAUAAUUAUGAGUUAACAUAUAUGAUUACUGAUGUAGUGAAGUUGGAACCGUGGAAAAUAGUGCAAUAUCGGCUAUUUCGUAUGAUGAAAUAUGUUCUAUAUUCAUGUGAUCCUACUUCGGAAAUAGAAAAAGUUGUCUUUUACCUCAGAAUCAAUGAAGUAGGACUGUUUCGAUAUAUAUUACGUUGA